AUGGUAAAUAAUUUGAUAUUGCAUCUAAGGAUUACGAGUGGAGAGCGGAAAUUCUUCAUUGUUGCCUUGGCUUUUGUGGCUUGCGCCUAUGCCGAUGUUUCGGAAUUGGGUUACAACUAUAACCAACAUCAUCAUGCCCACCAUGAACACCAUGUUCAUCAUGAAGUGGCAGCUCAACCCCAAAAUUCAUACAUUCCCCCCGCUCCCGUUGCUCCUGUUGCACCCGUCAACACUUAUGUGCCACCAGCACCAGUAGCUCCCGUCAACACUUAUGUGCCACCAGCACCAGUGGCUCCCGUCAACACCUAUGUCCCACCAGCACCCGUAGCCCCCGCACCAGCUCCAGUUUCCCAACCCACCAACUCCUAUGUCCCACCUGCACCCGUUGCCCCCGCACCAGCUCCAGUUUCCCAACCCACCAACACCUACAUUCCCCCUGCACCCGUCUCCCCUGUCGAAGAAGUUGAACAAACCCCCUCUGACGGUUAUCACUACAAGACUGCCCGCCGUGUUGUCUACAGACACCGUGCUUAA